AUGAAGUCGUCAACCUUAGUGUCGAUGCUACUCCUGGUGUCGGCUUUGUCGGUAGGCUAUGUGCGGUCAGACGCAUGGAGGCAUGUCGCACCGACGAUUACUACACACGUAUUUCAACAGAGUGGUGGAGAGGAUUUUCUGGAAUUAAGAGGAGGGGCUUCAAAACGACGAUCCAAUAAAGCCAAAUCGGCGUCAUUGAACUCAAAAUCCAGAACCGCAACCGGCAAGAAGAAGGUCGGUGCUACAGCAGCUGAAAAGAAGUCUGCUCUCUCAGAUACCAUGCAGAGGUACAAACGGAUUCGACCAUUGACCCGUAUAUAUAUCACAAUGGUUGGUGUGGCGACUUUGAUUAGUAUUAUUUUUGGAGAAGAAUUUACUCAAAGUCUGCUGGCACUGGAUCCUACUCGAGCCUUCUACGGCUUCGAAUUUUGGCGUCCGUUUACGGCGGCUUCCUUUCUCGGUCCAAUAUCCAUUGGUUGGCUCAUGAGUGGAUAUUACCUUUUCGAGUAUGGUUCAUCUCUGGAAAGGGCUUAUGGCACAGCUCAACACUUUGUCUUCCUAAUGUCACAGGUAUUUGGCUUGACCUUUCUCAGUUCGCUAACGGGUCAGCCUUUCUUUGGCCAAUCUAUGAUUACUGCUAUGCUACACGUUCUCAGUCGAGCUAUGCCGCAUCAAAAAGUAAAGUGGCUCAUUUUCACAGUACCGUACUGGUCGCUGCCGUACGGACUAAUGGCAAGUGAUGUCUUGCAAGCUCAGAGCGCUAUGGCAGCCUUACCACACAUUCUCGGUAUUGUUUCCGGCCACUUUUAUCAUUUUCACAAAUUCAUAUGGCCAAAAAAAGGGGGUGAAGAUUGGUUGGUGGCACCCGACUUUUUGGUACGAAGAUUAGACCCUGAUUCCAAGGACGCCGCGCGAGAAAGUGUUAGCAAAGCGCUGAAGGGCAGAAAGAAGAACAAGGGUCAUAAGCUUGGUGGAUAA